GAGAGAGAUGACCAAUAGAAUUUGGAGUCAUUUUAAUACCAGGACACCAGGCACUUGAAAGUACACCAGUACUCUGUGCGCCUCUAACCCAUUUACUCUGGUUAUAUCAUAGGUGGCACUGAAAAUAGGUCAGAGACAGCUUUCUUAUUAGAAAUAUGACCCGAAAACUGGUCCAGAGCUUUAGACCAUAUAUUGUGUCCACUUCAUUGGGGAAUCCACAACCAAGGAAGUAUCACCUUAUUGGAAGAAUUGUCUAUGAUUGGAGAGUGGGAAUUAGCCCCUAGUCCAGUUUUACAAGUUGACUUUCUGAGGGCUUGUAUUCAAGAAAUGAAAGAGCCAGAGCUGUCGGAGCCUCUAGAUGAUAACCAGCCCCAGGCGGAAGAGGAUCUCGUCGACCAGGCAGGGAAUUCCGACCCCAACAUGGUGGGAGUGGACCCCGGCAUGAUGGCCGACUCAAACAGUCCAAAACAGACCUUUGUUCCCUGCAAAGUAUGUGGAGACAAAGCCUCAGGGUAUCACUAUGGAGUGACUUCUUGUGAAGGAUGUAAAGGUUUCUUCAGAAGGAGUAUUCAGAAACAAAUUGAAUAUCGAUGUCUACGUGAUGGUAAAUGUCUGGUCAUACGCUUAAACCGCAACCGCUGCCAGUACUGCCGCUUUAAGAAAUGCCUUGCAGUGGGGAUGAGUAGAGAUUGUAAGUCAGGAAAACAAUACGCAGUUAGGUAUGGACGUGUGCCUAAGAGGUCCAGAAGUACAGAAGAACAACGGGUGACAACUACAGACAACAGUGUGGGACCUGAACCCGUGCCCACGACAGAGAGCAAGCAGCUGGCACUGUACGACAUCAUUCUCACCAUUUCUCAGGCACAUCAUGCUCAGUCCCAGUAUACCGAUGACAAAAUCAAGGCCAUAGUGAAAAAACCAGUGUCUUUGUUAAUUGCCCAAGAUGGCAUUCCUGCCCCUAGUCCUAUGUCUUUGGAAGCUCAGCGGCUGAUUGGCUGGCAAAACUUGGCGGUGCUGAUGACGCCAUCUAUACAGAAGGUGGUGGAAUUUGGGAAACGGUUACCAGGGUUUGCAGACAUUGUCCAGGAUGACCAGUUAAUUCUGAUGAAGAUGGGGUUCUUUGAGGUCUGGUUGACCAGGAUUACCAGGAUGUUCAACAAGACAGAGCAGACACUGACAUUUGGAGAUGGAAGUGUGGUGGCCAAGGAACACCUGGAGAUCAUCUACUCAUCUGAUUUUGUGAAGGCCAUGUUUGACUUUGCUUAUGGUAUGAAUGAACUCCAUCUAAAUGACACAGAGAUAGGACUGCUCACAGGGAUGGUGAUUGCCACAUCAGAUCGCCCUGGUCUCUCAGACCCCCACGCAGUGGAGUCUAUGCAGGAUGGGCUGAUAGAGGCCCUCAAACUUCAGAUCAGUCGUAACCACUCUGCGGAGAUUAACUUGUUCUCAUGUUUGUUGAUGAAACUGCCAGAACUGCGCACACUGGGCUCGUACCAUAACGAACACGUGCAGUGGUUCCGCCAGCACUGGGCAAGUCUGAAGCUGCCCCCUCUGUUCUCUGAAAUCUUUGACAUAAUCAAAAAUGAGGAAGUAUAAUUGUGUGUGUUUAGAGGAGGGGAUGUGUUCUAUCUAGAGGGAGUGGAAGUGUAGAUUGUACUCCCAGGGUUCCUAGUUCUGCUGCCAGGUCCUCCAGUUACAGCAGGUGCUCCUUGUAACCAUAGUCAGGCAGCUUUCAGACUACUUGGACCACUCCUAGCUCACAGCCAACUAGUUUACUGAUAGCAGAGACAAAGUGGGAAAGUCUAUUGGAGAGAGAGGGGGGUAGAAGUUACGUUAACCAGUACCUGUCUACCAUGCAGAUCUUAUGCUUUGACAAAGCAUUCCUAGACUGCCAACACCUUGCUAGCUGUUCUGCAGCUGGGAUCUUAUGUCACCAAGUGACCCUAAUGUUUUCUUUUCUUCUGUCAGAAUAAUAUUUUGGCAGAUUUUUAUAUAUAUACAUAUAUUAUAUAUUAUAUACACACAUUUAUCCAAGAUAAUAGUAAGUGAAGUUUGAAACUUCCUUCAGGGCAUUUUUUUAGUCUAGAUAAUGUUUAGGUCUUGGUUGAUAAGAUAAAACAAUUAGAUUGUAGAGAAGAAUCAUUGUACAAUGUACAAGCACAUUUGUAUGUGUAAAUGUUUAUCUGACAGCAUUGAUGUCUGUACUCAAGGCCUUGUGCUCUGUCAAGAAUGCGUAACAGAACUGCAAAUUGAUCACUGGAGGACUUAAAUCGUCAUAAAGUUGUAGAAAGGGAAGAAACUUUAAAAUACCUUCAUGAUUCUCAGAAGUUGAACACCAAUAUCAGGUUUGGCAUUCAAUGUUAAGUCAGAAAGUAUACCUCAUGUCAAAGGUCACUUAUCUUAGCAGCCAGUGGCAAAUUUUUUUGGGAAGAAAAAAUGUCUUGCAGAGCUUCACGGGCAACUAUGUCAAUGUAAAGCUUAUGUGUUCUGCCUCACUUCAAGAGGUAAGCCUUGAGGAAGAGUGGAAACAUUGGAACAUUGUUGCUUUUUAAGAGAAUUCACCAUAAAGUGUUUACACUUAGUGUAUUAUAUCUUUUGAUAGCCACAGAAUUUUAUCUAGAGAUUGUAUGUAUUUUUUCAUUGACAGGCUUCUUCAAUUUGAAUCAUCAGUCUUUCUGAAUCGGCUGGGAAAUAACAGUCAAACAUAAUAGUAAUAAUGAAAAUUGAUUUAUUUUAUUAUUGCUUAAUAUUAUUCAUUGUCAAAUUCUUUAAAAUUAACACUGAUUUAGUCAAGCUGUAUUUUAACUUGAUGACAUGUUUAUGUUUAAAAUCUUACGAAACUGAUGUCUUGAUGGCCUUAUUUUCUCAUUGUCAGCACAAAGCUCUUGGAGAUUUGCUAUUUAUUCCUCAGGUUAGUGUUUUGUAACUUUUGUUAUUUCAAUCCACACCAAAUUAGGUCAGAUUACACAACUUCUCAUGCUAGAAAAGAUCUGAGAAGUCUAGCUUCUCUUCUCUACUUAGAACUGCAAGUCUGGAAGCAAGGAAAGGAAUUGUGGUGCAUUAUGGGAGUAUCAGGGAGUUCAUGGUGACCUGAGGCAUUGUGGGAGUAUCAGUAAGGUUUGCAGUGACCCAAGACAGAUUGGCUUAGCAGGAAAGGAAGCAAGACAUCUGUUGUGAUGUUUGUGUUCUCAGUAUUUUGUUACAGUCACCAUUAUGCUACACCUAGGUAUCAUCCCAUCUCACCAGUAUGUGGAAGUCUGAUACAUUCUUAGGCCUGAUAGCAGUGUUUGUUGCCUGUAUAGUUCUCUCUUGUAUGUUUUAUAUGAAACGUUUUUAUAUGUAUAUAUGGCACAACUUGUUGUAUGGUAUCAAGUAGCUGUCAGUCAGUAUGAAUUUCAUUGUUUUUUUGGCAACUCGUUUUGCCAAAUUAUUUCCCCUUAGUUUUAUACGAUAUAAAAAAAACUCAGAAUUUCAGUUAAUGCUACACCACCUCCAGUUCUACUGAAUCUGAUUAAAGAACAACCAUUUGUCAGGUCUGGUGCAUCCACAAGGCUUGUCACUUGUCAUGAACAUACCCAUUUGACCUAGGUAGAAAUUGCACCCUAAUAGUACCUGCAAUUAGGACUGAGUGGUAUGUUGAACAUCUUGUAAGCCUGCCACAAGUUGUCAGUUUUCAGUAUAUACAAUCCCAUAGUGAGACUGUGCACGGCCACAUUGAGGGAUGACAUAGUUCAGACCAUGUCACAUUCCAUGCUUCCAGAUCUAAAGCCCAGUGCCAUAUUUGCUGCAUAGCUGGAAUACCUUUUGGACUUCCAAAAACUCCGGCAACAUUUCAGUUCUUUAAGUUAGUACAUUAAUUACUAAACUAUAAGGAAAAGAGGUAUAGGGUCAUUGUUUUAUUGUCAAAAUAAAGCAUGUAAUUGAGAACCAUUAUAUCACUAAAAUAUGUCAUGGUAGAGACAUCUAUACCUUAUUAGUUUUGAGGAAAGGAAUUAAGAUCGCAUCGGCUCACAAUUGUGAAUUGUGGUGCUGAAUUGCCAAACAUCAAGUAAAUGACCUGAAAAACUGAGUGAAGUGUUUGGAAUAGUUGAAUAAGACUAAUCAAAUGAAAAGGUCGUUGGAGUUUUUUUAUGUUGUAAUUUUCCCGCCAUUGCUUAAGAAUUAAUACACUAAUUAAUUCACUGGAAUCAGCAUUUGAAUUUAUAAUGCAUUGUGUUCAUUCAGUGCAUCGGAAUUUAGCAGGAGCUGUAGUAAGACUGAAAGACCUCAAAUCUUCUCAGGGUCUACAUAGAUAUUACACUGAAAGGCUAUUGUUUUCAUACUAUUAUACAUUAACAUUACAUUUGAUCAUCAUUUCUGCACCUAGUGCUUCUGUCGUGGCUAAAAAGCAAGGUCUUAUUAUUUCCAGUAUAUGCAUGUUAUUGAAGAUAUAUAUAUAUACAUAUAUACUAACAUAGAGAGAUUAGAGCAUUUGCAUAGUGAUCACGCCAAGGAUUUGCUUAUUAAUUCAGUUCCAGCCAAACCCAACAUUUUUUUUUAAUAGAUGAAAAAUGACUGUCAUGAUGAACCAUAUUGUGGUAUUAGUAAAAAGUAAAUUCCAGUCAUUUGGAAGGUAAUGUUCAAAUAUAUAUGGGCAUAUCUAGGCUAGCUAUAACACGAAAUAUUUUCACUAUAUGCAAAGGGCAAUUUUCUUUGAACAUAAGAAUAUUUUAAUUAGUUGUUGCUAAUUAACAGAUGGUGUGAGCUGCAGAAAUUGGAAUUCUAAGGACGAGGAUUGUAUGUUGUAGAGUGUGUGUUCUAACUUCAUACAGUUUCCCCUCCAGGAAGAUGGCAGUUUAGGCCAGGCUGUGGCAUUGAAGAAUUCUUUUCUUUUCGAUCUGAUCAUAACACGUCUCCUGCCAAUACUUCGGGGAACUUUGUCAUAUAAAGAUACGAAAAGAAGGCAUGUGUUACAGCUUUUAAAUAUCACUUCCAAAACUUCUCUUAUGAAUUUGGAUAUAAUGGAGAUAUACUGCAUCCACUUUACAAUAUAUUUUUCCUUUGUGGUCAUAGUAAUUUAUAGUUACCAUUUGCUUGUUAAUGAUAAAUUUGAAACCUUUAAGAAUCCUACUUACUAUUUCUGUUAUGGUAGGCUUGAUUAUAGAAUCUCCACAUGUAUCUAUUAGAGGCCAGUAGUUUUGCUGGCAGCAAAGGAAAACUACCUCCAACCAAUGUUUUAUAAAUUAACAAUGGGCACUUGUCAUAGUCAGCACUAAAAUGUCAAAGCAAAAGAACCUUGUACACUGGUCAAGCAGAAAACAAACAGGGAGCUCUGUGCUAAUUUUUUGCAUAUGAAAUAUGUACAGGUAAUUGGAUGUUAAUUGUUACAAGAUUAGUUUUAUUAACAUUGAUAUUGUUGUUGUCGUUGUCCAAUUGGUUUUUUUGGAGAUAUUUUUCUUCAUAUUUUGCUGAACUGGAUGUUAAUUGCUCAAGAACUUAAGCAAACAAAUUGCUUAAUAGUUUUGAGAGCUUUUUUAUUUUAAAGCUAGACUAAAUUUUGUUGAACUCUGCCGUUGCCUGUAUUAUAGCAGAUAGAUAGUGGGAUGGGUAGCUCCAUGCAGUGGAGCAUUAUCUUAACCUAGAUGCAGUAUGUGUCAGUAUGGCUUUUAUUUAAUUUUAUUUAUUUAUUAAUUUUAUUAUGUAUGUUGCCUCUGACAAAGGGAAGGAAGGCAUCUGCAGGACCUUAGACAUUCCCACAGUGAGCUUGCUUUGUCUUAGAGCUUUUUGUGUUCAUAUUUUACGCCAUUCUGAAAAAAAAAAUAUGUAUAGAAAUGCAUGAGAGCAUGAGAAAGAGAGAGAUAUUGAUUGUGUAAUCUUCAAUAUCAGAAUAGCUUUAUUUGUUAUUUUUGUUGCAUUUUUAUUUGGUAAUGUUGCUUAUCUUAUGCAUAUCAUAAAGAAAACCUAUAAAACUGUUCAUGUUUCAAUUCCUCCUGAUAAGCAGUUGAAUACAAACUAAGAAGGUUCCAUGGAGCAAGUGUAAAAAAUUGUAGAGACUAAAGUUGUUCACGGGGGCGUCUCGAUGGUCCAAAGGUCCGAAAAAUGGUAAAAUUUUAAUUGUUUUUUAAUUUCCAUAGCGAAAAUUCAGACCAAUGAACUUUCGGCCUGUUGAACCUUCAGACUAUUGCUACAGCCUCGUUGUUCACUAUGUUAAAGCUUGUCACAUGGGAUAACUUACUCCUUGGCUUCAGUUAGGUUCUACAGAAUUCUUAACCUUCAACAGACGUACAUCCUGCACACUCCCUUGUCAUAUCAAUAUGCCCAAUCUGCCGUCUUAUGGAGCAAUUUUAUCAACUCAACAUUCCAAUAACAUGGCAUCUACUGAACUAAUUUUGGACAGAAAAUACUGAAAUACAAAGGUUCAACAGUUUCUUUUAGCUACUUUUUUCCUUCACACUGAAGAUACAAUAUUGUUAUUAGUUUGACCUAUUAAGAACUAGGUUUCAUUGAGUAAUAGUGAAGAAAUGUGUGCAAUUGAAGAUCUCAGUUUUUA